AAACCUUUGAUGGAGAAGAAGCGCAGGGCUAGGAUCAACGAUAGCCUUGAAACUUUGAAGCAGAUCCUACUGGAGUCGAAGACUUCGUUGAAGGAAGUUCCUUGCAAGAAAAGUGGCAGUUCGCAGAGAACCGCUAAAUUGGAGAAAGCUGAUAUCUUGGAGAUGACCGUCACUUAUAUUCAGAAUCUGAAGAAUCACCUGAAUCGCGUUCAGGCUGCGGACAGCAGUUGCAACGUUGUUGAUCAGAGGUUGAAGGUCGGUCUGACGCUGGUUCCGACGAGAUUGGGAAACGGUGAUUUGGCUUUCGUGAUUCCUCCGCAGCAGCAGGACGAGAAGUAUAAUAAUUCUGCCAAUCAGGAGAACGUGUGGAGGCCUUGGUGA